AUGGAAGCAGAAGCUUCUCCGCCCCUUGGGUCGCCCCCAUGCUGCCUGUGGUUCCGGAGGCCGGGCAUCUAUGAGGAUGAGAAUGGAAGGACCUGGGUGACUGUGGCCUUGCGGAUCAGUCCCUCCCACAGAGCUUGGGGCAGGGGCUCCCCUCCCCUGGCAGCACGGCUGCCCCCCAAGUGGGAGCUCUACCCCGGGCGAAGGUACCAAGCAACGGAUUUGAGACUCUGGGAAAUAGUGGACCAUGGCCAGAUCAACUCCAUGGAGCAGCUGAUCCUAAAACGUCUGUCAAGUGGGAGCCGCUGA